GCAUGCUAACAGAAUUUCAAGUAAACUUAUUAAUGAGAGAUCUAGAAAAAAAAAAAAAAAACAAAUCAUUACAUGAAAAAACAGAAAUAGAUAAUGUACCCAUAAAAUAUGGUCCCUUUGAUUUUACAAGAAAAUUUAAAGAAAAUCAUGAAAACAAAAAUGUGCAUAUUAUAUAUAAUGCAAACUUAUUUAAUUUAAAAUCUUUUUUCCCUAAAAAUUUUUUUAAGACCAUUUUUUUGAUACUUCCUGGCCUCAGUUUUAAUAUCAACGAUAUACAACUGAAAUAUAACGAUAAAGUGACGACCUUAAGAAUUUAUUAUUUUCUUAUUCUUCUAACUCUCGAAAUUACUUACAUAAGUAUGAAGAAUACAAAUAUUCAUUUAUUCUGGACACGCGAAAAAUUAAAAAACUUUAUAGAAACUGAUGAAGAGGAAGAGCACAAUAAAAAUGAACCAGAUGAUAUGAAUGAUUUAACACAACAAGAUAUGUCUUUAAACGACAAUGAAGUUUAUUCAAAUGAUAAUGAAGGAUUUAAAAAGGAAAGUAUACAUGAUACUAUUAAUUCGCUCAAGAAUUUGAUGUUCAAUAAUGUGGAUAAUAAAAUGGAUGAAAAUGAAAAUGUGGAUGAAAAUGAAAAUGUGGAUGAAAAUGAAAAUGUGGAUGAAAAUGAAAAUGAAAAUGUGGAUGAAAAUGUAGAUGACAAUAUAGACAACAAUAUAGACAACAAUAUAGACGACAAUAUAGACGACAAUAUAGACAACAAUAUAGACGACAAUGUAAAUAAUAAUGCAGGUGACACCAUAAAUGAUGAAGAAUCUAAUAAUUUAAACGGCCAAGAUGAAUACUAUGAAGAAAACGAAGAAGGAGAUUAUUCAAAUGAAAAGGAUGUAAAUUUAGAAGAUAAUAAUGAUGAUAUAAAUAAUAACAAUAAUAAUAAUAAUAAUAAUGACAACAAUAACAAUAAUAAUAAUAAUAAUAAUUUCAUUUAUGAUGAUGCUAGUAAUGGAGAUUGUAGUGAUGAUAACAAUGAAGAAGAUAUAGAAGAUUACUCACAAGAUGAAGAUAAUAUUAUAAGAGAUAUAUUUGAAGAGGAUCAUAAUAAAGAUAAAGAGAUCAAUGAAUUACUUGACGAUGUAAAUACAUCUACAACUGAUGAUAUAGAAAUAAUAAAAUAUAUAUAUACUAAUGAUGAUAUAAAAAAAAGUGGAUUAAUAAAUAUAAUACGUUUUCCAUUAUUAUAUGAAAUAGAUUUAAAAAAAAUAAUGCAAAUAUUUUGUUUUAAUGAACAUAUAAAAAAAGAAGAAGAAAUAAAUACAAAAUUCCAUGUGGAAGAUAUUAUAAAUAGUUAUUAUCCUUUAAUAUAUGGAUAUCAUUUUAUUUAUAAUGAAUUUUUAAAAAAUUGUAAAUUUUUUUCAUUUGUUUUAAAAAAAAAAAAACAAAUUACAGUACCUGAAGAAUUAGUUGUUUUGAUACCACAUAUGGAAUAUAAUUAUAAAAUAGAUUCUUAUCAUUUUUUAAAAAAAAUAUAUUAUUCUAUUUUUAAUGAGCCAAGAAAAUCAUAUACAUCUUUAAAUGAACAAAUAAAACAUAUAAAUCAAAUGAGAUAUAAAUUAUAUGUUCAUAAUUUAAAAACAUCUAAACAUAUUAGAAAUGACAAUACUUCAAGUAUCUAUAAUCAUAUGAAUAAUAAUAUAAUAUCAUCUUAUUAUAUGUAUCAAAAUAAUAUAAAUAAUAUGAUAAAAAAUAAAACAUGUAUUAUUAAUGAUGAUUUAUUUAAAACCAUAUUUAAUCCAUUCGAUUUUUUUCAUUUUAAUAAUGAUGUAAAUGUAUUUUUUGAAUAUAAUAUUUUAACAAGUAUAUAUAAUAAAUCCGUUUCAACUGUCAAUACUGAUUAUAAUAAAUUAUCUGUAAAUUUUUAUAUUAAAAAAGAUUAUAAUAAACAAUAUGAAGAAGAUAAUAAUACAAAUGAUAAUAAUUCAAAAAGAAUUAUGAAAAAAAAAUAUAAUAAAAAUGGCCUUUAUUCACUAGGUGAUAAUAAAAAUAAACCUCCUCUAUUACCAACGCCAAAAAAUGAAUCUUAUAAACAUGUAAAUAACACCAUUAAUAAUAAUCAUCGUCAUAAUAUGAAUAACAUGAACAAUCAGAGAAAUAUAAAUCGUCAUAAAAAUAAUACAAAUAACAACAGUGUCUUAUAUAAACAUGCCACAAGUAAUAUACAAAAUAAUUUUAAUAAAUCUUAUAGAAAUGAUAACAAUAUUAGAAAUAGCAUGCACAAUAAUAAUAACUAUGAUAAUACUAAAAGGGAAGACAAAAAUCAAAAAUAUUUAAAAAAUGAAAACCAAAGGGAAGGCAUAAAUAGAAAAAAUAAUUCGUCAUCUGUCUAUCGAAAUUAUAAUCCUUCAAAUAUGAAUGAUCAUAAAAAUUUUAAUAAUAAUAAUGUAUCUACGUCGCAUGGAAAUUUUUCAUAUAAACCCAUGAGGAAUAAUAAUAGUAUGAGAGCUGAUAAUAGUAGUAUGAGAGCUGAUAAUAGUAGCAUGAGAAAUGAUAAUAAUAGUAUGAGGGGUGGUCGCAGUAUUAGAAAUGAUAAUAAUAGUAUGAGGGGUGGUCACACUAUGAGAAAUGACCAAAGAAAUGAUCAAAGAAAUAAUAUGAUGAAUGACAAUAGAAAUAAUAUGAGAAAUGACCAAAGAAAUAAUAUGAGAAAUGACAAUCGAAGUAGUAUGAUGAAUGACCAUCGAAGUAGUAUGAUGAAUGACCAUCGAAAUAGUAUGAUGAAUGAUCAAAGAAAUAGUAUGAUGAAUGAUCAUAGAAAUAGCAUAAGGAAUGAUAAUAAAAAUGUUAAACGAAGAAGAGAAGAAUCCAUUGAAAUGAAUAGAAGAGGAGAUAUAUAUUCAAAUAAAAGAUAUGAUAAAAGAGGAAGAACAGAUUAUGAUAUGAAAUUAAAAAUGGAUGAUAGAAAAAGUGAUAAAAAUCUUAAAAAUCAGUCAGAAAUGCAAGAUCCAUAUGCAUCAACAAAAGAUACUUCUAGAAAUUUUGAUAUGAAUAAUUUUACAAUUAGUUCAGAAAGGAAAUCAUGGAAAUUACCUCCUCCCCCUCCCAACAUUCCUCCAUCUUAUGAUAGAUCCUCUCAAAGAAGAACAAGCAGUUUUUACAAUAAUGACGACUCUUCAAUGUAA